AUGAAAAAGUUGUGCCAGUACAAAGCUGGUAAGCUUAAUAUUAAAUGAUGCAAGUGAUGCCGUUAUAUCCAUGAGUUCGUGCGAUGCUUGAAUGUAAUGGUGCUCAGCAGUAUUAUAAAUAAUCUCGAUAAAUAUACUGUAUUUGUGUAGGUGCAAAUGUGGGAACUGCAACGAUUCGUUGCUUGUUGGGUCUCGUGAAUAUCGCUGCUGUAAAGAAAUUAUCGAAGCGACAGGAAAAUUUACAUUUGAAGGGUUAGACGCCAUGUGUAUAACCAGCCAUGCAGAUUUCGAUCCCUUGACUAAUAAAACAGUCCUGUUACAAGUUGGUCCUUUGCUCAAAACUAAAAGUGAUAGGCGCUACAACAAGUAUGGCCACACAGAAAACGAGUAAGUAUUUACUGUAGUAUUAAAGGACACGAGGAAAUAUAAAAUCUUGACCACAGUGAACAAAUUCUCAUGAGCAUUUUAUAAUGACAGUGACAGUAUGACUCUUGUAAAAUGUAAUGCUUGUUUAUGUUUGAUGCUUAUACAAACUCAAGCUAAAUAGAGGUAUAAAACAAUAUUAUAGUUUACCAAAAAUCCAAAAUGCCACAGGUUUUGAUUUAUACAAAGAGACUAUCAUAACUUUAUUUGAUUUAUAAACAAAGGGUCAAGUUAAUAUCUGGCAAUUUUAAAAAUUAGUUGGUUGUUACAAUCCCCCAUACAUACUGCAGGUAUUGUCACAGUGACAAUAUAAUAUUGCUUCAUCUGAGUGUAAGUAUUUGUGACUGAACGGUUUUAUGGUGCCAUUGACAACUUUUUUCUUUUUUUAAGAUUUUUACGUGCAGUUGCAUAUCGAUGGCUUGCAAGAUGGCUAUUCGGUGAGAUGGGCUGGGAAAAUACCCGACCACUGGCAGCCUGUGUUUAUCACAACAUUAGAAAGAGAUUUUCUUUGAUCAGUCGUUGAUUGGUAUAACUCGUAUUAAAGUUUAGUAUUUAUAAAUUAAAUGUUUUUCAUACUUCUUCUCACUUGUGUGUCGUCUCUAUCCAUAGUUUCACAGUUUUUCAAGCAUUUUAUAAAGUUUGAAAAAAUCACUAUCCGGUGGAUAGCCCUAUAUCUGACCUUCGUACAACGGAACUCAGGGACCGGUUGUUCAACGGUGGGUUAGCGCUAACCCUGGGUUAAAAUUUAACCUGUUUUAGUUUAUGUAUUUCUGCACGCAUGUUUAUUUCAAAACUUCAGAGAAGUAAACUCCUUACAUCCAGACAAGAUAUCUGGAAAAAUAUUUCCAAAUUUCCAUAGACAAGCUGUGAGGAAGUUUGCUUUGAAUUUUAGGUUAAGCUGGGGUUUAAGCUAAACCAGUUUUGAACAACUGGCCCCAGAAUAAUAUUCAAGACACUCCAGAUCACUCUACGUGGAUAUUGCGUGUGUUACUAUGGUUACCGAAAAUUCACACGCAACAUCCACGUAAAUACGAAGCGCGCGAAAUUUUGGUUUUUGGCAUUUUUGUUAGGCAGUAACUGACAGUAAGUUUUUUCCGAAAAAAACCCAACUUUAAUUAAAAUGUGUUAAGUUUUUUGAACAUACACUGUAUCUUUGAACGAAAAAUAAUAACACUACUAUUUGUGGAAUAUAUAUGUUUUGGGCAAAAAUAACUUCAUUUACUGAGUUUGUCACAACAAAAAAGUUUUCGUGUUUUUAACAGUUUUUUUUUGUUUUUUACAGAUAUUUCAAAUAAUUUGGCUGAAAGGUAUGACUAUAUUUUAAAAUUAUUUAUAGUAUGCUUCUUAGCUGAUGUUAAACAGCCUUUGCUUCAUGGCCAAAAACAUUCCUGUUCAAUAUAAAAGAUGGGAAUGUAUUCAAUAUUUGUUUUAAUAUGCACUGGGAGUGGAGAUGUUGUAUUUUAUUAAUGAUUUCCUUUAAUAUUUUCUUUUAUAAUUAUAGCAAAGGUUUAACAAACACAAAAGUAAGUUGCUCCAAUUUUUUGAAUGAGCGAAUAAAACCAUAUUAAAAGAGGCAUCCAGGUUGAACAUAUAGGUAUAGCUUGGACUUAUAAACUUAGCUAUUUCAUAACUAAUCCCUAUAUUAUAACUAAUCCCUAUAUUAUAACUAUUUCAUUUUAGUGGAAUUACCGGAACUGGACAACCCUGCUAUUCUUGGUAUGUACAUUGCAAUAAAUAUGUGGUAUAAUACUGUAUCUACUUUUUGGUUUUAUAUAAAGCAACAUUUGUUCUAGCUGGUUGGACCUCACAUAAAAUUAAAUGGACUUACAACUAAUAGUAAAUUGUGUGAACAGAGGCCAGUUGUCACCAAUUGUUUGGCUACAGUUGUACAGACUGAAGUAUAUUUGUGACCUUGAGGUAUAUUUUUGUGACCUCGAGGUAUAUUUUUGUGACCAAUAUUUCAGUGACCAUGCAGAGGUAAAGUUAAUUGUGACCAAUUGCUCAGCGAAAACCCUCUUGGCCAGCCACAAUGAAAUAUUUUCUCAUGUAAACAUGUUAAAAUUCAAUCCAAUUACCCAGUGAGUACCAUGCAUGUACAGUAGUUGUAGAUUGUCCUCUCCUACAGUAGCUACAUGUAAUAAAGUGUAUACUGACAAUUUCAUUUUACAGAGCAUCGUUAUAACAUUCUACGGAUUAUCAAUUUGCAAUAUCAUGCAUGUGACACAGUAACCUCAUCUUUAACCUUCUAACACAACAUCUUUUAUUUUAGACGUUCAUGUUGAUGAUGGUAAGAAUUCAGUUAUAUAUUUAAAACACAAAUUCUUAAAGCUAGGUCAUUCUGUUUGAGAAAUAAUAAAAUCUGAUGUACUCAAUUGACAAGAAAGGAUUAACUUUCAAUUAUUUUCUCCAUGGUACAGUUGUGAAUGUUUUCUACAAUAAUAUAGUAAAUUAGUAAUGAUUGAUAAUUAAGAAUAUAUUAUGUACAAUAUAUUACAGAUUAAGUAUAUUACAGAUUUCUUAUGAAUAUUUGCAACAUUUUUUUUUCUAAUUAACUAUAGAAAGUGAAGUCGAAGAGGAUGAAGGAGAAGUCCAGCCAUGUAAGUUAAUCUUAUAAAACAAUAUGUUCAGUAUGGUUCAAUCAUACUUAUAAUUAUAUUAUUAUUACUUCUACAAUAAGGUGCAUGAUUUUAUUUCAGUGAAUGAACAACCUCGACAAGAAGAUGCAAAUGGUAUGGUUCUAAUGUUGAUAUACUUACAUACCUAUAUCUGUAAUAUGUAAUUUGGUCUAACUACAGUUAGUACUAUUUUUUUCAGUUCAAGAACGACAACAACGUCCACGGCAUGGUAAUAGUACAUUCUUUAUAAAGUUUAAUUAUACACACAUACCUCUCUUGUGUAAUUCAAACUAAUCAACAUUCUUUCAUUACAGUUAAUCAUGAACGACACCCACAACGUCGUGACGGUAUAGUUCUUGAAGUAGAUUUAUACACUAAGUACUGAGGACUGUUAUUGAACGCACGAUUAGCACUAGCUCUGGGUCAAACUUUAACACAUUUUUUUCGUCUAUAUAUAUAUAGUAGAACUUCACAUUUGUUUACUUCAGAACUUUGGAAAAUUAAACUUCUUUCGAUUCUAUUUUUCUAAUUUAGAAAAUCAAGCAAGGAGAAUGGGCAAUGGUAAGUACUGUAUAUUUUGUUAACAUCUGUAUUUUAUCAACAUCUUAGUGAGUGCACUUCCUGUAUGUACUGUAACCUAAAUGAAUAUUCUUGAAAACUGAUUGUAUUUUCUUUAAAUUUAGGACGUUGCUAUAAGUGUGGCCUCCGUGGCCAUUAUGCUGUGGCAUGCCGUUCACGUAUGUACUUUACUAAAACUACAAAUAUUAUAAUAGUCCUGUGA